AAUCUCUUUUAUAUUAGCUAGCACUCCGAUUUUUGUGUUUCCUAUAAAUCGAGGUUUGCUCACCAUAUACCUACUUAAAGCUGAAGCUAGCAGCCUCUAUAUCCUAAACUUUUGAUUUCAAUGUCAUUGGAAGACCAAAGUGACCAAAACCAUUCAGAAAGAUGCUUUCAUGAUUGGAUGAAUGUUCAAGAACUAGAUUUGGCCGAGCUUCUCCGAGCCCUGACGUUAACUGAUGAUGAUAAACCUCCUGAUGAUCAGAGUUUAUUCGCCCAAUUAGCAGAGAAAAACAUCGAGCAUUUUCAAGAAUACGUGGACAAGAGAAACCGACUUGCCCAUAACGAUGUCUCUGUCUAUUUUGCACCAACCUGGAAUUCUGCCUUGGAGAAUUCCUUGCUUUGGCUGGCUGGCUGCAGACCCUCCAUCUUUAUCAGACUCGUUUAUGCACUUUGCGGGUCUCAGGUCGAAUCCCAAAUAGCAGAACACCUUCAGGGUACAAGGACAGGCAAUCUCGGCGACCUAUCAUUGCAACAGCUGAAUAUGGUAAAUGUUCUGCAUUGCAAAACGAUAAAGCAUGAGGAGAAGUUGACUACCCAAUUGGCGAGUUUGCAAGAAGACAUAGCUGAUGAGCCUAUUUCGAUGGUUGCCAAAGAACAGAGUCAUGCUGGUGACUCCAAUGAGGUGGUGGAUAGAGCACUUCAAAAUCAUGAUGAGGCUAUGGUGCGUCUUUUACAGGAGGCUGACAACUUGAGGUUAACUACACUUAAGGAAUUAAUUAGUAUUUUAACUCCUGUUCAGGCAGUGGAUUAUCUAGCUGCUGGCAGGAAGCUUCAUCUUUGCAUGCACGAAUGGGGUAAGAAAAGGGAUCUUAAACAUGGUAGAGGAAAUUAGCAUGCUAUGCUUCAGCACAUGUUGUGGAGGCAUAUAGCAAGUUGUUUUCUUGUUCUUAAAACUUUAAGGGCAGAGAAUAUAAGUGAGACGAAAUGUAUAAAAAUAUCUACGCAAGUUGGUUUUAGAUUACAUCUACGUCUGUGUUUGUUUAUGUACUUUGCUAGUUGAAAAUGGUGCAGUGUUAUUCAGUUAGAUUGUAAUACAUUUGUGUUCAAUUAUGUA